UUUUGUUUUGUCUUGAUAACAACUACUACUGACAACACAACUACUGUGAUGAUAAACAAUAAUAAUUUAGUUAAUAGGGUUAAAGUAAUUGAUAAAUAAUCUUAAUUCAGUUAUUCAACUAAAAUAACGCAAGAAUGCCUAAAUUAUCUGCAGAAUUACUAAAAGUUUUCGUCUAUGGAACACUCAAACGUGGUGAACCCAAUCAUCAUUGGUUGACGCGUAAUGAAAAUGGUUUUGCACGUUUUGUGGGUGAAGGUACAACAGUGGAAAGAUUUCCCCUCGUUAUUGGUACCCGUUACAAUAUACCCUUCCUAUUGGAUAAACGUGGCCAUGGUCACAAUAUUAAAGGAGAAAUUUACGAGGUCGAUGAGAAAAUGUUCGCAAAUUUAGAUAUUUUAGAAGAUUAUCCCGUGUACUAUGAUCGGGAAAUACAAACUAUAACGUUGAAUAAUAAUGAGCAGGUACAAUGUUGGUUGUAUUUGAUUCGCAACUUUCCCGAAAAACUUUUGCAGAAAGAUUAUUUAACAGCAUAUCACAAUACCAAAGAGCAGCCAUAUAGAGAAAGGUCUGAACGUGAUAUGAAUAUUAAAGCUAGUGAUGAUAUGUCAUAUUAAAAGUAUGAAAAUUAUUGUGCAGCAAUCACCCGAUGACAACAGUUAUUUGGACAGCUGCAAAGAUGACAUGUAUGAAGAUGAAGAAGCUCCGCCUAAACCCUGAACUCUAUGAAAUUGUUAUUCUCGUUGAUUAAGUAAAAAAAAAUUGCAAUUCCAUUAAAUCAAUGUUUAUUAAACAUUUUUGUUUACAUUUAAACAACUUUUGUUACUAUUUGUUUAGUAUUUUUUGCUUAAUAUGUUGCUUGUUUUCUUUUUACGUUUCCAUUUAUUUACCCGUUUUUUUCAUUUAUGUUAUUCCAUCAUUUUUUAAAAUAAUACAAAUAAGAAAUAGUUAUAAUAGUUUUUUUAAAAAAGCGGGCUUUUUGUAUUCAUGUUUACACGGUGAGAAAAAAAAAAGAUGUUUAACAAAGAAAAACUGUUAUUUAGCUUUUUUUAAAAUCAAUCAACAUAAUUUGCAAAAGAAAAAAUGUUUUAAAUUUUA